AUGCCAAACUUUUACAAAGACGAAUUUCCUGCAAAUCUCGACGCCGCCGAGUCAGACAUUUACCACGCCGGCAUUUUUCUCGGUUUGAGACUCAAUGAGUUUUGAUUAAUUCCUUCAAUUAUACAGGUUGCACGUUCGGAGUCGCGGCUUUAUAUGUAUGGGCGGUGGGAAUCUUGGCAGCCGGCCAAUCUUCUACCAUGACUGGCACCUACGCUGGCCAAUUUGCCAUGGAGGUACAGUUUGAUGUCUUUCUCUGAGCUAGAGGGGCUGAAAAAGUCAAAUGAAACAUGAAUUGUGAAACUUCAUUUUUAAAUGAUCGAUUUAAAAUGUUUUUUCUAUGCCGAUUUAAAUUUUUAAUCAUUUAAGGGUUUCAUCCAAAUUCGUAUGCCACAAUGGAAACGUAUCCUAAUCACUCGGUAAUUUCUCAAAAAUAUCAAACCAUAAAGUCGAUAUUAAAGGUCACUCGCAAUUGCUCCGACGCUUUUCGUCACUGUUUUCAGUGGUGGAAUCGACCACAUCAGCGGACUCAACGAUUUUUUGAACUGUGUUCAAGUAGAAUAAUAGUUAACUGGACCAAAGUUAGAUUAAAUUCUGAUUUAGAUGAUCCAACUUCCCUUUGCGCUGGUUCCUGUGCUCACCUUCGUCUCGGACAAAAGAAUCAUGGGAAAUUAUCGACUAAAUACGUAUGUUAACUACGAACAACACGAGAAUAUUCAAUUUAUUUGAAAAAAUAUUUCUAUCACUUUUACUUUUACAAUUUUUAAAAGUAGCGCCUAAUUCAGAAGAAGCCAGGUGUCAAAAAAAAAUUACGAGAAGCCUAGAUUUCAGGUUCGGAAAGGCUUUCGCGAUACCAAUUUCUCUUCUCGUACUUCUCAUCAACUUUUACUUCUUGUACAACUGGAUUGAUGAACAAUUUGGCUAUACAGCCGUCUCCAUUUCUUUUUCCAUCUUUUUGGCCAUCGUUUACUUGAUAUUUGUCAUCUACUUAACAUAUUAUUGCCUUUUGGCAAUGGAUUUCAUCAGAGACAUCAAAUCGGUGAGUAGAUCAACCGUUUUUUUCAUUUGAAAAUUCGAAAACUUCAGAAAUACCUGCCAGCGCCGAUUUACAGCGAUUUCGAUCAACCGUGGCUUGAAGACGAAAAAUAUAACAUUUCUAUCGCCUCUUCGUAUGAGAAAAUGUAGAAAUAUGACAACUAUUCGUACCUUAUUCAUAUGUUGAUCUCAAAACGGGCUUAAUAAAUUUGUUUAAUGAAGUUUUUGAAGUUUAACUCGAACAGAAAAAAAAUUCUGCGAUCAUCUAAAAAGGGUUGAAGUUAAUUGCGCGCCACGGAGCAGGGCGCGAAGCCAAAAAUUCAAACUUCUUAUCUCUGUUUUCCUUGCUUUUCAACCUUCUUAAGCUUCUCUUUUUUCGAUUUUCAGUGAAAAUAUUGGAAAAUUUUUGACUAUAAUGAAAAAAGAUAAGCGUAGGCUGGUCCUUAUAGAACUAAAUUUUUUUCAACACUUUUUUUCAAAAAUAUUGUUUGAUUUUUUGUGAAGAUUUUUCAAUUUUCUCUCAAAGUGUGUUCCAUUCUAUUCACUGGUUCAUCCCAUUUGAUUUUUUUCGAGUUUUCUAGUUGCGUGUUAUUUUUUAAUUUCUUAGUCAAGUUUACUAUUGAUAUCUUUCUCAAAUCACUAUUUUUUUAAACUGUUAUAAAGAACAAUUUUUGCUAUUGAGAGAAUUUAAAGUUUUUGACGUUAAAAAAACUUUUAAAAAAACUAUUUGAAAUAUUGAAACCAUUCUUCUUUUUUUGGUGCGUUUAUGAUAAACAGAAUUUUCUUUGAAAAAUUUUCUCAGACAGGAUGAGCAACGAAUCACCGAAGCCCGAAGAGAAGUUGGAUCAAAACACACCAAACAAGGAGAACAAUGAUUCGAAAACCUCGCCCUCAGAGAAGAUUGAGGUUCUCAUUAAAAUAUACUUUUGUCCGUUAACGCGAUUUGAAGGCACCCAAAGUGCCACUUCCACAUGAAACGCCGGCUGCCGUCCGAAAUCGCCGUCAUUUGCAAAAGGAGCUGCACAUGAGCUCGCCGUCCGACUCGAUGCUCUCGCCGUGCACCAGCAAACUCUUCGGAAAGGUCUGUUGUCUCUCGGCACGGAAACCAUCAAAAGUUCUCAAAAAACGUAUUUGAAGGGAUCUCUUUCUACCCUACAGCAGCGGCAUACUUUAUCGAUUUGAAAAAGGAUUUAUUGAAGAUUUCAAACUUCUAUUUAAACAAAAUUAUUUUCUGAGAAACACAAAUAGCAAGUUAAGCAAAUAGUAAGCAAAUAUUAAACAAAUAGUAAGCAGUUAAAAUGAACUAUUUAAAACAAAAAAAAAAUAGAGAAGAUUAUGUAAAAACAUAGCUUAGGACUUAUCAGUGAAAUAAAGUAAAAAUAAUAUUAUUUUUUUAGCCACUGAGUUGAAAAAAAUGUUUAUAAUAGCUUUCUUUUAAAAAGUUUGUACCACCUCGUUAUCAUUUUUCCUUCACGACAGUAUAGCCAUACCAUUUCGACGUUGCGAAAAAUAAAUUCAACUAUAUGAGCGAUUCUUCAUGAUGAUGCAUAUUUUUCAGAAUUAAAACACAAAAAUUAAUGUUUUCAUUUGAAUAAUAUUGCAAGUAUAGGUUUUAAGCUGAUGGAUACCGCUUUUUUUUUUCAAAAAUCGACUAUAAUCAGCUCUUCAUUUGCAGAAAGCCAUGUCAGGGCCGACGGCGUUGUUGCGAAGCCGGCAACAGUCGGCGAUUCCGUUUAAAAUCGACGCCGCCGCCGAAAACGACGAUGACGAGUAA